CCAUUGAUAGCAAUAUUGGAACGAAAUGCAAAAACAAUAUAUAAUUUUGGCUGGCAACAUUGAUUCACUACCGUCGGUCGUUGCAUCAUCGAUUUAGACAAAAUGUCCAACAAAAACAUUAUUCCUGUGGUCAAGGCUGAGGAGGAGGCCGAAGAAGAAAUGGUUGAUCCCCAGACUCACUUAAGGGAGGUGUGCUCACAGAAACCCGAUGCCCAGAACCACUGGGCCAAGUACCAAGAGUGCAAUGACCGCGUGAACUCCCGCUCCCAGACCGCGGAGACCUGUGAGGAGGAGCUCAUCGACUACCUGCACGUCCUCGACAAGUGCGUCACCAAGGACCUCUUCAAGAGGCUAAAGUAAAUUAAUUAUAAUUUUCUGCCCGAACUGCCACCCAACAGCUAAAGUUAUGUUACAAAGUAAUUGUUUCAAUAGAAUUUGCUGGUACAAAAGGGUAGAUGUAGUUUUAGCAAAUUUAUUUAUGUACCAAGUAUAAGGAUCGACAGAGUUGAAGUUUAUUGUUUAUUUGUAAAUAAAUAAUCGCCGUUUA